CCGUCUUUAGAACCUCAACUGCGCUCUCCCAUCAUUCAUAUCUCUCCCUUUCUCACAAACUCGCCCAACGCCAGCUCUCCCGUCCCCCAUUCGCCCGCGCAGCCCCCCACCGUCGCCGCUCGUUUCUUUCUCUCUUCUCUGUUUGCUUCUCCGGACACCGCACUGUAGCCACACUACAGCCUCCGUCACCCCGUCGUCGCUGCCAGUCCAACCCCACAGCCGUCGCCGGAUUUGUGGUUGUGAGAAAUAUAUCGAGUGUGAUGGCUGUGAGGAGACCUGGAAUCAUUGCCUUAUUCGAUGUCGAUGGGACUUUAACAGCUCCUAGAAAGGUUGCUACUCCAGAGUUGUUGAAAUUUAUGGGCGAGCUCCGAAAGGUUGUUACAGUUGGUGUUGUGGGAGGAUCUGACCUUUCUAAGAUAUCAGAGCAGCUUGGGAACUCAGUUAUUUAUGACUACGAUUAUGUAUUCUCUGAGAAUGGACUCGUGGCACAUAAAGAUGGGAAGCUCCUUGGGACCCAGAGCUUGAAAUUACAUCUGGGAGAAGAAAAUCUUAAGAGUAUUAUCAACUUUACGCUUCAUUAUAUUGCUGACUUGGAUAUUCCUAUAAAAAGGGGAACAUUUAUUGAGUUUCGAAAUGGGAUGCUUAACGUUUCACCUAUUGGGAGAAACUGCAGCCAAGAAGAAAGAGAUGAAUUUGAAAAGUACGAUAAGGUCCAUAAUAUACGCCCCAAAAUGGUUUCUAUCCUCCGGGAGAAAUUUGCUCAUCUUAAUUUAACAUUCUCCAUUGGAGGGCAAAUAAGCUUUGAUGUCUUUCCUCAAGGUUGGGACAAGACAUAUUGCUUGAGGUACCUUGAAGAUUUCCAAGAAAUCCACUUCUUUGGCGAUAAAACUUACAAGGGAGGAAAUGAUCAUGAAAUUUAUGAAUCGGAACGAACUGUCGGUCACAAAGUUAUCAGCCCUGACGAUACUGUGGAGCAGUGUCAGGCCAUAUUCUUUUAACAAUAUCCAAUAUCCAAUAUCCAAUAUCCAAUAUCCUAUCCGUUUGAAUACUCCACGUUGUGAUUUUUUCGGACGUUAAUUGAUUAAGAACAACUUUUCAGCCGUUCAGAAAAAGAAAGGAAAAAAAACAACCUUUUGGUUUUAUUUAUAAUUAAGAAUGGUAAAGGUGUUGGAUAGGAAACUCUGGUGAAUGGAAUUUUUUCAUGUCAUCACAAUAAAAGUAAAAGCCAAUUAAAUUA